CUCAGUGCGAUAGUAUAGUGCUGUGUGCGCACCAUGACGCCUGGCGGUGCGCUCUCUUGGAUACCUAUAUUGAUACUUGUGGCGCCGAUCAUGGGCUACAGCGAGCGCAUCAAUACAAUAGAAGAGAAUGAAGUUACCAACUCGACACGGUUCCAAGUCUUCGUAGGCUACAGUAGCGACCCUUGGGGGGCUUCUUCAGAGCUUGAGUUUGACUCUGUAUCAGACCAACUAAAGGGCAGCCGCAAGCCAAAGCGCAGCGUAGUUCAUCUUUACAACAUGGUCGUCUGUGCCACUGGAUGCAACCCAUUGUCAUACAAGGGCUAUGGAUGCUACUGCGGUUUUCUAGGUUCAGGAUAUACCAUGGAUGCUAUUGAUAGGUGCUGUAAGAUGCAUGACUGGUGCUACAGCACUUCCGAUUGUCCUAUGUUCCUUGAAUACUUUGUGCCUUAUUACUGGACAUGCUACAGGCACCAACCUCUAUGUGCCCUCGGCUCCUCAUGUGGCCAGAGACUGUGUGAAUGUGACCGACGUCUGGCAGAAUGCCUCAGUCACUACCCUUGUCCAAGAACAAAGGCGGUCUGCACUUCUUCCCCUUGGAGGCUUCUACAAAACAUCCUCAUGCUCUAGUUUACCAGGUUAAGAGAGCAAAUAUACAUGUCUGUGAUAUCCACCAGUAUCUGAAAGGUUCAUAAUACAAAUGAAAAGGUAAAGCUUAAAGGGGAGAGAAGAAUAAGACUGACUCAUACCAUAGCUAGUAAGACUGUAAGUUACCAUAGCU